GCAGUGUUCGGCCAUGACUUGGACUCUUUGAAAGUUCAUAGAGAUUUUGUCAUCACUUUCACACACAACAAAACUCACACACGAACAUAUUUGAAAAAUGGAAAACUAUACCCUAGGAGGAUUGCUUUGGGAUGGUGCCCUCGAAAUCGAACCAUUUGAAUAUGAAAAGGGCUACCAAGAGGAUUGCAGUUUCCUCGAUGUUUAUGUGGGCUUCCUAUGGACAUUCGUCGCCAUUUACGCUCUGUCCAAGCUGACCCAGUUCUCGGAGCGGUAUUUGGGCCAACGUCUGCUGGCCCACAAGCACUGCGGCGAUGUCCGCUCCAUCAACAGCGAGUGGGAGCAGACCCUCCAGAUCCAAGAGGAGUUCCGAUGCCAACUGCAUGACGAGGUGCUGCACCUCACCCAGAAGAACCUCCGCCUGGAGAGCAUGAUUGAGGAACUGCGCGACUGCAACCUUCAACUGAUCGGCAAGAAUCGUAUGCGAUCCGUGCCACAGGAACAGCAAUCGUCGGUCCAGUCAAACAUCUAUAUCAGGAACAGUUACAUCCACCUAACACGUCAGGUGUUUGUCAACGAUAGACAAACUGACCUCAAUGUACGGAAUGUCGACGGCGAGGAUCUCAGCCCAAUGGAAGCAUCCGAGGAGGGCCUGAAUGUCUGGAUGCAGUACCUGAAGAUGCGCAAGAGCUACAUAGGGUCCAUCGCCGAUCCCAACCUGAUGGCUGCCAGCGGUCCAGGACACAUGGAACCCAUUGUAAUGACCACCGAGCAGUUGGCCAACUUGCAGGGAAUUGUCUAGUGGCUUGAAUUCAGUUACCGAAAGCACACACCCAUCAACGGUUAAGUCGCUUAAAUCGGAAAAGGAAAUAUCCAUAAAAAGUAAUAAAACUAUAUAUUUUGCUCAAACCAUUUUUCAAGAUCCACGCCCGACUGCCCCUCCUGCCCCUCCUAUUUAUUCCUUAUGGCCGACGGUAUUAAAUGUUUGAUCCUUAUGCGAUA